UGAGCCAGUAGGUGAGCUUAUGAGGGAUUUAAGUUCAGUUUUCACUGAAGCCAUGCCCUACCUGGCAUGCUGAGAGUGGGCUGUCUCAUACUCAAGGCGGUGGGAGGUCUUGACAACGGCUUUCCUGCUCGCUGCUGCUGGAGGCUCUGAGCCAGGAUGCUGUCCGUCCUGGGAGGCACACAGAGGUCCUUCCGGGUGGCACUCUUGUUCCUGGUGCUGGUUGUGUUCCUGAUGGCUGGCUUCCUGCACGUGGACUUCCAACUGCUUACACCUCUGCUCAGGGACAAGGCCCAGGAACCGCCAGUCACCAACAUCAUGUUCCUGAAGACGCAUAAGACAGCCAGCAGUACAAUGCUCAACAUCCUCUACCGCUUUUCCGAGGCUCACAACCUGUCAGUAGCGCUGCCCAGGGGCUCCAGCUUGCAUCUGGGUUACCCCUGGCUUUUUGUGACCCGGUAUGUGGAGGGCAUGAAGCAGGAUGGCAGCCAGAAUCAUCACUUCAACCUCAUGUGUAACCACCUGCGGUUCAACUUCCCUGAGGUGCAGAAAGUCAUGCCCAAUGACACUUUCUACCUGUCCAUCCUACGAAACCCGGUUUUCCAGCUGGAGUCUUCCUUCAUCUACUACAAGAACUAUGCUCCUGCCUUCCGGGAGGUCAAGACCCUGGACCAAUUCCUGGCAGAUCCGUGGAAGUACUACAAAGUCAGCGAUGGCCUGAAAAACGUCUACGCGAAAAACAACAUGUGGUUUGACUUUGGCUUCGACAACAACGCGCCGGCUGAGGUGGACUACGUUCGCUCGUGCCUCUCGGAGGUGGAGCGCCAGUUCCAUCUGGUGCUCAUUGCGGACCACUUCGAUGAGUCCAUGGUGCUGUUGCGCCGACGGCUGCGCUGGCAGCUGGAUGACGUGGUCUCCUUCAAGCUGAAUGUACGCAGCCCGCGCACCGUCUCGCGCUUGACGGAGGAGAGCCGGGAGCGUGCCAAGCGCUGGUGCGAGCUGGACUGGCAGCUCUACCAGCACUUCAACCGCACGUUUUGGGCCCAGCUGCACACGGAGGUGAGCCCACAGCAGCUCAGGAGAGAGCUGGAGCAGCUGCGGGCGAGGCGCCGCGAGCUCACCGCCCUGUGUCUUCAGGACCCAGAGCACAAGAACAAGACGCAGAUAAAAGACCGGAAUCUGCGCCCCUACCAGUCUGGAAAUGCGGAAAUUCUGGGCUACAACCUUAAGCAUGGUCUGGACAAUACUACACUGGGCAUCUGUCAGAGGAUGGCAAUGCCAGAGCUCCAGUACAUGGCCCACUUGUACUCGCUGCAGUUUCCCAACAACCCCCCCAAGAACAUCCCGUUCCUGAAAACGUAGGGGUUUGGCCAAGUGACCCUUUCUCCCCAGAUCUCCCUGGGAGCCCUAGAGUUUGCCAGCCUACCUUUCCAAAGUGAAGAACAGAGUGUGAAACCUCUGUGUAGAGACCCACCCAUCCCCAGCGCUGGGGAGAGGGUCCUACACCUAAGACAAUCGGCACAGCUGGACCAUAACUGAACCCACCCAUUGUAGAGACAUGUCCUGGACAGGCAAGGAUGCCAGUGCCCUCUAAUUGUCGGUCCACAAGGAGGAGUCAGUCUAAACAGCCCAUCAGGUGAACAGCAGCCUCGGGGUUAGCAGGGGCUUAGGCAGUGGGCCUGGCGAUCCACGUAGGGCCUCAGAACAGUUCCUUGGGAUUUUCCAGCCGCAUGGACUCAGCACUGGCCACAGAGCCAUGCCUGUAUAGGGUACCCGGGCAGCAGCUCUAAGGUGGGCCCCGGUGAGAUGGGAUGAAUAUUCGGCCUCCCAUCUCUGACUUUAUGAAGAACAGUGUAGACGGGGAUGUGAAAGUUUCUGGUUAGCCUGAACACUUUGUAGCUUCCCACUGGAAAUCCUGAAGGAGAAAGUGUCUCACUUGACAAAGGAGGGACUCAGGUACCUUUGGUUGCCUUGGAAACCAUGUUGUAUAUAGCCUCAGGGAUCUUUUUUUGUGUGUGUGUGCCUCUUUUUGUCAUUUGUGGAGAGAUUCUAAGCCCCCAGCCCCCAGUUCUGGUAGGAUGAGGAACCUGGUUACCUGGGCACACAACCCCAGGUAGUCUAGCAAAGUGCCUGGGGUCUUGGGAAGGUUGCCACUGUCACACACUCAGCCUGGAGCUUCAGUUUGAGCCUCAUUUGUUGAGUUUGGGUGGAGGCAUUUCUCUGGGCAAGAGCUACUUUGGACAGCAAUUUAAUGGCAGCCCGACAAGAAAAGUAGUUGUCAGUGAGUUUAGAGCUGGUAAAACGAACUAGUCAAUCCAAAAGAGCACUGUAAAUUGAAGAAUGACUUUUCCAAACUGAAUAGAGAUAGUCAAGAAUGCCAGGCAUGGUGGCACAGGCCUUUAAUCCCAGCACCGGGGAAGCAAAGGCAAGUAGAUCUCUGAGUUCGAGGCCAGCCUGGACUACAUACUGAGUUCCAUGAUGUCCAGGGCUACAAAACAAGAUCCUGUCUCAAAACAAAACAAAACAGAAAACCAUAAAAAAGAGAAGAAAACACAACCAACUAAAACCAAAACCAAACCUCUGAAUUUAGACAAAAUUACUCUUAAUACAUUUGGGUCCUCUGGAAGAGUAGGAAGUGCUCUUAGCCUCGGCUCUUUAAUUAGAACUCUUCAUUCACAGUAGACUUAAUACUUUUUCUUUUUGUCAGUUGUGGAGAUUGGUCUCAGGAGCUCAAGUGUGCUAGGCAAGUAUUCUAACACUGAGCCAUGUCCCUAACUGUGAAACCCUAAUUUCUAGGAAAGACUCAGGGAGAAAGCAACAUUUAGUUGUCUCUUUCAUUCAUAUGUAAGUAUAUAAAACAAUUGAAUAUAUGAGAGAAUUGAAUGUUGUCAUAUAUGUGUGUUUGUGUGUGUGAGCAAUUCAUGAUAAUAUUUUGUUUCUUUGAACAUACGCUUUCUGUUAGGGAAAAAUGUUCUUUAUGUAAAAUAGGAUAUGUUUGUUUGUAGACAUACACACACACACACACGUAUUGUAUUUUCUUAGAAUAUAAGAAGCCAAGAGUACUUGAAUUAUUGUCAGCAAGUGAUAUCUCAUCAUUUUAAUGUACUUAGGAAUGACUCAUGAGUUUCUAUGACUUAAUUUAAAAUUUUCAUAAGCAUGAAUUCCAUUUCAUUCAAACUUUAUUUUUUUAUAAUUAUACCUAGGUUAGAUAAUGAAAAUUAAGUUACUAGACAAGCAAAAAUUUGCUUCUUAUUAAAGACCCUACCCAAGGUCUAAUCAUUGUCCCAAAACAUAGGAAGCAAUAAUGGGCACUGCCCUAUACUCUAGUCUAUGCUUCUUCUGUUCAUGCGAAAAACACAACUCUCACCUCAAGGGGAUAAGAGAUAGUUUAUCCUGGAGCCAAACAUGAGUGAUCAUGGCCCAAGAACACCAAUUUAGGUUACCUUGAAUUCCUGUCCCUACCUGAUAACAGUUUGAUGAUGUUUUCACAGUAGCAGAACAAAUAAAGUCAUAAAUUAAGGCACUUUAAAAAUACAUCGGUGGAAAUACUAGGUAGAUGGGUUCCAGAAAAAUGAGGAAAUCUCCGCCACAGGCCUCACAUCCUGGCUGAUGACAUUCUGAGCCUUUGGGGUGGUGAGAGCCAAGGGUCUGUUUCAUUGCAUUCCGAAAGGUUUUACCUGUUAGUCACAAGGAUGUUAGAUUGGACACAGAGAUGGGCAAGAUGCCGCUAAGGUGCCUGUGCUGGCUAGUUUUAUGUUGACCUGUCAUGAGCUAGAGUCCUCUGAGAGGUGGGAACCUCAGUUGAGAAGAUGCCUUCAGCUGUAGGGCAUUUUCUUAAUUAGCGAUUGAUGGUGGAGGGGGAGGCGGGCCAUCCCUGGGCUCCUGGUCCUGGGUUCUAUAGAAAGCAGGCUGAGCAGUGCAGGGGGUGGGCAUCCUCCAUGGCCUCUGCAUCAGCACCGGUCCAGCUUCUCAUCCAGUUUGAGUUCUUGCCUUCACUUCCCCCAAUGAGCCGUGAUUCAGGGUGUGCAUGCCCUUUUCUCCCCAACUCUCUUCUCCCCUUUCAUCACAGCAACGGAAGCCUAAUCAUCACAGGGGCUCAAGAUAGCUCAGGGCAAAGUCGAAGCAACCCAACCUCUCACUGCUCAAGGUCUAUUAAGUUAAUCUGCUUUGGAGGAAAUUUACUCUUUGCUGUCACAUUUUGUGUGCCAAGGAGCCACAUAGCUUUGAUGUCUCACGCCCUAUAAUCUGAUGUAGAUGAAGCUCAGUAGUACACGGAAGGGCAGUCUUCAGGAGAGGAAUAGCAGGUAAAGCCACUAAGCAAGAACUCCUGGCCGGGCGUUGGUGGCACACCCCUCUAAUCCCAGCACUCAGGAGGCAGAAACAGUCAGAUUUCUGUGAGUUCAAGGCCAGCCUGAGCUACAGAGUGAGUUAGUUCCAGGACAGGCUCCAAAGCUACACAGAGAAACCCUGUCUUGAAAAACAAAACAAAAAACAAACAAAAAAACUCCUGGAUUAUAUCAUUAAAACCUACUAGUUAUUAUGACCCAGUUUUGUUUUUAUAAAAAGAUCCUCUUUAUUUGACCUAGUGUGUGAAAUAUAAUAGGAGUAACAUGCCUAAAAUUAAGAUAAUCAGGAACACUGCCCGACUUAAUGGAUUGAAGGUGGUAGAUGAGGGAAAUAGACAUUUUAAACAACCCAAAUUUACAUAUUUUAAAACUAGAUUAAUGAGAGACAUUGAAGACUUCUGCGACACCCCCCCAAAAAGAAAUAAUCCUGACAAGAAGCUAUUAAAGAGAGUCCUUCAAAACUGUGAUAAAGAAGCUGAAGUAUAUUAGCUCUUCACAGCUGAUGGCUUCUGGGGGACCGUGGGGAAGGACUCAGUUUUCUUUAAGGGGCUGGCCACUGAGAGUUUCCCCAUGUUCCAGUGAGUAUAUGGGCAGUACAAAUUGGAUUCUGUGUUUUGUUUUGUUUUUCAGGGGGGCAUUUUAAGCUUACAGAAGAGAUUUCCCCACUUUGCUCUAACUAGUUUAUGUAAUGCUUCUAUCAGUGUAUUUGAAAAGUGCCAUCAUUUACAACUGUUUUUGUACUGUCACUCUAAAUUUUUUUUUAAUCAAACUAUUGUCACAUUGUAACAUGUUAUUUGGGGUACCCUAAAUCUGUGUGUUGCAGGCAUGGUUAGUCAUAUUUGCCUCCAAAAUAAACUAUGUCUUUUUAUAAAGUUUUA